CUCUUUCAACCAAAAUCAUAAUUGUCAUCGCCACGAAUAAAAGGAGAGACAGGUAAUUCCCAUGCUGUUUCCUUCUCUUGUUUUCUUCUCCUUUCCUUUCCUUUCUCUUCAAUUGCCACCCGAUCUCAAUUCAUAAUUGAUCCGAUCGGUUCAUUUCCUGACUGGUAAAAUGGCAUCAUCUACAGACCCAUGGAUGAAGGAACAUAAUGAAGCUGCAAAGCUUGCAGAGGAUAUCAAUGGCAUGAUUGCAGAAAGGAGUUCUUUUCCGGCAUCAGGGCCCGAAACACAGCGUCAUGCAUCUGCUAUAAGGAGGAAGAUUACAAUUUUAGGGACGAGGCUUGAUAGCUUGCAGUCCCUUUUGACAAAACUUCCCGGGAAGCAGCAAAUAUCAGAGAAAGAGAUGAAUCGUCGCAAGGACAUGGUUGCAAAUUUGAGAACAAAAGUAAACCAGAUGGCUUCCACGUUGAAUAUGUCAAACUUUGCCAACAGGGAUAGCUUGUUUGGUCCAGAAAUAAAGCCAGCUGAUGCCAUGCGCAGAACUGAAGGUUUGGACAACCAUGGCAUUGUCGGUCUUCAACGGCAAAUUAUGAAAGAGCAAGAUGAGGGCCUUGAGAAGUUGGAGGAGACAGUAACAAGUACAAAACAUAUUGCAUUAGCAGUCAAUGAGGAACUUGAUCUUCACACUAGACUUAUUGAUGACUUGGACCAACAUGUGGAUGUUACUGACUCCCGCUUACGGCGAGUGCAGAAGAAUCUGGCCAUUCUGAACAAGCGUACAAAGGGUGGCUGCUCCUGCUUGUGCAUGCUCUUAGCUGUUGUGGGGAUUGUGAUUCUGGUUGUCGUCAUAUAUCUACUGAUAAAAUAUUUGUAACACAACCAAUAGCAAACUUACCAAAUUUUCCUCGCUAUUUUUGUGUGAUGUGUUGUGCAAUUGCCUUCAUUAUUGGUUCAUUUUGGAACAUUGCGAUUGGCAUUUCCUCUUUUCCUUUUGUUGCUUUUGUGAGUGAAGAUGCUGAAUUGUUAUGCAACUGUGUAAAUUACAAGUAUCAGGUAAUCUGUCUAUCUGCGGGUACUGCCUUGCUUUUUAUCCAAA